AUGAGUAUGGGUCCCGUGAAGACCGCAAAUUUACCCAUCAUUCCCUUGGCGAAAGGAAUCGUUCUCCUCCCUGGAGUAGUCCUUCGCAUUCCAGUGUCUGGUCAACGGCAAGAUAUUCCAGCUUUGCUCUCGGGGGUUUAUAGCAGAGCAGCCUCAACUACACCGAGUCAGCGAUUGGAUAAUGUCAAUAUUGCCUGCGUUCCUUUGAACUCGCCAUUCCUCACUCAAGAUGGACAAAAGAUGAUUACCGGAGACGAGCAAACCCCACAACCCAGAGAACGAUUAGAUAUUAAGCCAUCGAGAGCUACGAAGGAUGAUCUGUUUGGAUAUGGAGUGGCUGCUAAAAUAUCGGGCGUUGAAGGCACAACUGGUCGUUCCGGGGAAUUCGCCUUGUUGGUUGAGGGUGUAGCCAGGAUCAAGGUGGAUAGGAUAACACAAGAGAAGCCAUUCCUUGAAGGAGAAGUUACAUAUUUAUAUGAUGAAGAUGUGCCUACUGAAGAUGUAGCCGUCCAAGGGCUUUUCGCACAUCUUAAACAACUAUCACGAGAACUUUUGACCCUUUUGCGACUUUCAUCCCUUCUACCUCGCACAUCUGGUGGGCUUUCCCCAGUGCUUGCACGCCGCCUCGAAGUAUACAUAGCAAAGAAGGAUGUAUCAGAGGCCGGAAUUCUGGCAGACUUUAUGGCGAAUGUGGUUGAGGGAUCAUUGGAGGAAAAGUUACUGGUUUUAGCAGCGCUCUCAACUAAGGAUCGCCUUGAACGAGCAAUUCUUCUACUUCAACGUCAAGUCAGCACUAUCAAAAAUAACGUCAAAAUAACCACAGUCACAACCUCCAACAUCCCCGCAAAUAUAGAUAUCGAGCAAUUCAAUAAUGUAAAUGGACAUCGUAUGCGAAGACCAUCAAUGUCGGGCGCGCCACUACCUCCCGGUACAGCAGGUAAUGGUGGGUCUCAGGAUGAUGAUCAAGAACCAGACGAAAUGGAGGAGCUUAAGAAAAAGAUUGAUAGCGCAAAGAUGACCCCUGAAGCCGCCAAAGUCGCCGAUCGAGAACUGAAGAGGUUGAAGAAAAUGGCACCAGCUCAGGCAGAGUAUCAAGUCUGUCGGAAUUAUCUGGAAAAUUUGAUUGAGAUACCGUGGUCUCAGAUGACUGAAGAUCAACUUGGCGUCGACACAUUAUCGAGGGCCCGUAAACAACUCAAUGAUGAUCAUUAUGGGCUGGAAAAGGUCAAGAAGAGAUUACUUGAGUAUUUGGCGGUUCUCAAACUCAAACAAAGUAUCAAUGAUGAUGUUAAUUCACAACUUGCCAAAGUUGACGAAGAGAAUUCAACUGCUAAGGUUGAAAUUCUCAAAAGCAAGAGGACAAUCGACAAAUCGCCAAUUCUGCUCCUUGUUGGCCCUCCUGGUGUAGGCAAGACUAGUCUAGCAAAGUCAAUUGCUACUGCGUUGGGACGAAAAUUCCAUCGGAUUUCUCUCGGCGGCGUCAGGGACGAGGCGGAAAUUCGAGGUCACCGCAGAACAUACGUGGCAGCAAUGCCCGGCUUGAUAGUGAAUGGCCUGAAAAAGGUCGGUGUGGCAAAUCCUGUCUUCCUGCUCGAUGAGAUUGACAAGGUUGGCACUUCUAACUUUCAUGGCGACCCAUCGGCUGCCAUGCUUGAGGUUCUAGACCCAGAACAAAAUCACACAUUCACGGAUCAUUAUGUCAACAUACCAAUCGAUCUUAGCAAAGUCCUUUUUAUUGCCACCGCGAACAGUUUAGAUACCAUCCCGCCACCAUUACUUGAUCGUAUGGAAACUAUUAGCUUGUCAGGAUACACGACUCUUGAAAAAAGACAUAUCGCCUCGCAGCAUCUAAUCCCAAAGCAGAUUCGCACUAAUGGGCUCGGAGAUGGGCAAGUCGAAUUCACCCAGGAUGUUGUGUCCAAGAUCAUCGAAUCCUACACUCGCGAAUCAGGUGUCCGCAACCUUGAGCGAGAGAUUGGAUCCGUGUGUCGUGCCAAGGCGGUAGAAUAUGCGGAGGCGAAGGACUCGGGACAUACAGAAAAUUACAAACCAAAGCUGUCGGUGGAAGAUCUCGAGGAAAUCCUGGGUAUUGAAAAAUUUGAUGAAGAAAUUGCCGAAAAGACAAGUCGUCCAGGGAUAGUCACAGGUCUCGUGGCCUAUAGUUCUGGUGGGAACGGCAGUAUUCUUUUCAUCGAAGUGGCCGAUAUGCCAGGGAGCGGUAGCGUACAGCUAACAGGGAAAUUGGGCGAUGUACUAAAGGAGAGUGUCGAGGUAGCACUAAGCUGGGUGAAAGCUCAUGCGUACGAGCUGGGUUUGACGCAUGACCCAUCGGAGAACAUCAUGAAGAAGAGGAGUAUCCAUGUGCACUGUCCUUCAGGGGCUAUCCCAAAGGAUGGCCCAUCUGCCGGUAUGGCACACACUAUUGCACUUAUUUCGUUGUUUUCCGGCAAGGCUGUGCCCCCAACUAUGGCAAUGACGGGUGAGAUCUCGUUACGUGGACGUGUUACUGCCGUAGGAGGUAUCAAGGAGAAGCUCAUUGGAGCUCUCCGUGCCGGUGUCAAGACUGUAUUAUUACCAGCACACAAUAGAAAGGAUAUCAAAGACGUUCCGCAAGAAGUCAAGGAUGGCCUAGAGAUCAUCCACGUCAGACACAUCUGGGAAGCAAUGCGAUACGUCUGGCCUGAAGCACAUUGGCCGGGAGAGGAGAAUUUCGCGGGUAUUGAAAGUCGUUUGUGA